UGCACAGCUCUUAAGUCUCGCGGGAUUUCAGUGCGUUGACUGAAUGCCACGUCUGUUCGAGAGUGAGCAGCAUCUGCUGGUCUGUAUCUUACCGACUGCGCCAAAUAAGCGGAUCGAGUCGUUACAGGAGUCGUGCUGUGACAGCAGCAGCAGGAGGAAUGGGAAGCUUCAUCAGAGCGCUGUUUCUGAUCGCUGUUGUGAUGGCAGUGUGUCAGCAGACGCUCGCUCACUCACAACAUCAUCACGGACACUCACACGGAGACGGCGGCUGCCACGGACACUCACACGGAGGGGUCAAGAUGCAUCACGGGGCCAGCAAGUGGAGCGCAGGAGCCAACCUGCCCCACGCUGAAGAGGAGCAUCACGGACAUGAUCACAGACACACACACGACCACGGACACGCACACACACACGACCACGGAGCAGGGCGAAUGAAAAGCGAUGUGGAAGAAGGGAAGCAGAACAUGCUGGAGCUCUGGAUGCAGGCGAUUGGAGCGACUCUGCUGAUCAGCGCUGCUCCCUUACUCAUCCUCUUCCUCAUCCCAGUGCAGUCAAACACAGACCAGCAUCAGAACCUGCUCAAAGUGCUCCUGAGCUUCGCGUCCGGAGGUUUGCUCGGAGACGCCUUCCUUCAUCUCAUCCCUCAUGCGCUGGCGCCUCAUUCUCCUCUCGGCCAAUCGCACGGGAGCGGCGAGUCACAUGGUCACUCUCACGGUCAUGGUCAUGGUCACAUGAUGUCGGUGGGGCUGUGGGUGCUGGCUGGCAUCGUGGCGUUUCUGGUGGUCGAGAAAUUUGUCCGUCUUUUGAAGGGAGGUCACUCUCACUCUCACUCUCAUGCUGCUCCAAAAGCAAAAGACAGCGAUGACGAUGAUGAUGACAAGAACCGAGAGAAAGAGAAACACGCUGACUCUGAUAAGAAAGCUGUGAAGAAACCCGGCGAGAUGACAUCCGAUAUUAAAGUGUCUGCUUAUCUGAACCUGGCUGCUGAUUUCACUCACAAUUUCACGGAUGGGCUUGCGAUCGGAGCGUCGUUCCUGGUCAGCCCGGCGGUGGGUGCCGUCACCACCAUCACCAUCCUCCUUCAUGAAGUGCCACACGAGAUCGGAGACUUUGCCAUUCUAGUCCAGUCGGGCUGCACCAAGAGGAAGGCCAUGUGUCUCCAGCUGCUGACGGCCGUCGGGGCGCUGGCUGGGACCGCCUGCUCUCUGCUGGCUGAAGGGGUGGGUGCCGCGGCCACCGCCUGGAUCCUGCCCUUCACCGCCGGAGGCUUCGUCUACAUCGCCACCGUCACCGUGCUCCCAGAGCUGCUGGUGGGCCGCUCCAGUGUCUGGCAGUCUCUGCUGGAGGUCCUGGCCCUGCUGCUCGGGGUGGGAAUGAUGGUGCUGAUCGCCGAGUACGAGUGAGGGACACACGGAGCCGUGUCUGAGAGAAGAAGCUGUAAAACCAGUGCUGGGUCACCUGACCUCUAGAGACCAGGAGUGUGUUGAGACGAAUGAUAGCAUUGACCACAGAAACUAAAAAACUGAACGAAUGAGGGAGAGAGGGAUCAGCACUCCAGACCAACAUGAAUGGAUCACGUAAUCAUUUUAGGCACAGGGACCUUCCCAGGGACCAGACGCUUCAGUGUACAGACUCCAAGAGACUUGACCAUUACAUUCCCAAGAUGUACUGUCUGUGUUUGCUGGAGCGCUCCUACAAAUGCUCGUGUCUCAGCAGUAGACUGCUUUUCUAGAAAAAUCAGUUAUGUUAAAUGAUUAAAGCGUUUGGUUUUACUGUUUGCACAAUAAAGGUUAGCGUGAUUCUUUCUUAAGCA